AAAAGAUGUCCAAGAGGGGAUUUGGGGGGGUUGCCUUGGGCACCCCCCUCCCCAGCCCACCAAAAUGGUGCGCGGCCCCUUUAAAUUUACCCAGGAGCCCUUAAAGGAGCCCCAGGGGCCCCGGAGGGGGGGGGGUGGAAGAGAAAAAAAAGGCAUCCCCACCCUGGCGCAUCGGAGCCGAAGCAAAGGAAAGAAGAGAGAGAAAAAGGAGAUUUUGCAUUUUUUGCAUAGAGAUUUUGCAUUUGGGAAAGCAUUGCAAAUCCAAUCCUUUUGCAAAGGGAUUGCUUUUGCAAAAAAUAGGUUUUUUUGCAAAGCCUGGUUUGCAAAAAGCAGGCAGGCUGGGGGAUCAGCCAUGGUGGCUUGAAGGAGGGAAGGUUGGAGGAUGGAGAGCCUGGGAAGGAGGAGAGCCAGCAUCAAGGAGGAACCCCUGGAGCCAGAAGAGCUUCAACACGAUUCCCACGUCGAGUUGAGCUCUGGGCAUCCCUUGUGGCCAGCCGGGAAGGGCUUACUGCGAGGCCAUGCCAAGGAUCCUUCUGCGCUCCUUGUUGGCGGGAGGAAGUACUCCGACCAUUGUGAAGAACGGGCCUCGAGACCCGGCAAGAGUCGUAUCCCUGGCCGGGACCACCGCCGCUACUAUCACGAGCACUGGCGGGCCGAGUACCUGAUGGACUUCAAUGCCGCGCGGCACGGCAUGAUUUGCAUGGUUUGCGGGAGUUCGCUGGCCACCCUCAAGCUCAGCACCAUCAAGCGGCACAUCCGGCAGAAGCACCCGUACUCCUUGGCGUGGAGCGCCCACGAGAAGGAGGUCAUAAUGAACAGCUGGGAUGCCCACUUGGGGCUCGAGACGGAGGCGGAAGGGGUCCGGGACUCGGCCGAAGCCUCCGACACUCAGCAGAGGAGCCACGGGGGAGACCAGUCCUUUGGCCGAGGCCGGAGGAGGCGGCGUGUCCCAGGACCCCUCUCCUCUCGUGUGGGACAUCGACCACCCAGCCUGGCGCUGAAGGUCUCCUCGGAAGGAGAAGCCCGGAGCUUGGAGCGCUACCUGAAGGAGUCCCUCCAAAGCUGGUUCCAGUCCGAGUUCCUGAUGGACUACGACCCGCAAGGGAACCAGCUCUUCUGCAUGAUGUGCGGCUCCUCCUUGCCCAGCCUCAACCUGGACGACAUCAAGCGCCACGUCAUGGACGCCCACCCCAGCUCCCUGGGCUUCAGCUCCGCCGAGAAAGCCGCCAUCCUGGAGGCGUGGAACUCCCGUGUGUCCGCACUGGCCGCCAAGGGCAGGAAUGCAGGGGAGGAGGAGGAGGAGGAAGAUGAGGAGGAGGAGGAGGAGGAAGAAGAGGAGACAGAGGAGGAGGUCUCAGUGGAGGCCGGCUUGGAGCCCUCCCCGCAGGACCUGCGCGUGAAGGACGUCCCCGCGUCUCCUGACCACCCCGCCGACGAGGACGGCUCCGAAGAGGCCGGCCUUUGGGACUCGGAAGGGAGCAGCCCCCCGGCUCCGUCCCGCGGCCGGGACCACCGCCGCUACUUCCAGGAACACUGGCGGGUGGAGUACCUGAUGGACUACAACGGCUUGCGCCACGGGCUGGUGUGCAUGGUGUGCGGGAGCUCCCUAGCCACCCUCAAGAUGAGCACCAUCAAGCGGCACAUCCAGCAGAAGCACCCAGACUCCAUGCGCCUGAGCCACCAGGUCAAGGCCCUCAUUGUCCAGGAGUGGAGCCAGAAAGUCGCCCGCCUGGCCGACGCGGAAGACUCCCCGCCCGAAAUGGACGCCGAGGAACCCAAAGCGGAACCACAGCAGGACCGCGAGCCACCCUUAGAGCCCAAAGAACACCGAGAAGAUGCGGCAACAUCCACAGGAGCGGAAGAGGAGGAAGAGGAAGGGCCGGCGGGAGGCAGGUUGGCUCCCUCCCAACCCUCCCCGGAGGCCGUAUCUCUGCCGGCGGGGACCCCAUCCCGGAGGUGGCAGCGUCGGAACUACCAGCCUCGCUGGCGGGAGGAGUACCUCAUGGACUACGACGAGCAGCGCCACGGCCUGAUUUGCAUGGUGUGCGGGGGCACCUUGGCCACUCUCAAGGUCAGCACCAUCAAGCGGCACAUCCUUCAGGUGCACCGCUUCUCGCUGGGCUACACCGAGCUGGAGAAGCAGACCAUCCUCGAGGCUUACGCCGAGAACGAGAUGGGGCCAAACCGCCGGGAAGCCAGGCCAAACCCUGGGGCCACAUCUGCCACCGCCAGCCCCGCCACCGAGCCCCGAGACGUCAAGCCAGACAUCCAAGAAAUGGGGAAAAUGGCAUUCGGGUGUAAUUUGUCCAUAUGUACAGUGUAGCCAUGCAUCCAGAUUGCCCUGCGGUGACAGAAAAAACAAAGUACACAGUGUAAUCUCUUCUCCCAUUGCCUCCCAAUACGGACAAGCAGAGUCUCGGAAUUCCCAAUUGUAAUGUUUCUGCAACUGGAAGGAUUGGGGCCGAUGCCAGGGAAGUUCUCUUUGUGUUGUCGAAGGCUUUCAUGGCCAGAAUCUCUGGGUUGCUGUGAGUUUUCCAGGCUGUCUGACCAUGUUCCAGAAGCAUUCUCUCCUGACGUUUUGCCCACAUCUAUGGCAGGCAUCCUCAGAGGUUGUGAGGAUUCCCCCAGGCAGGAAGCAGCCAAGCUUUGGAACUGCAAGGCCAUUCGAUGCUAAUUAAGGUGGCCAAUGGCAACAGUCACACUUGCUUCCAACAGACAAGAGUUCUUUCUCCCACCUUGGGCAUCAUUCCACAGAUAUAUUAAACACAACUUGUGUAGUUUUCAACAGACUUCACAACCUCAGAGGAUGCCAUCGAUGUGGGCAAAAUGUCAGGAGAGAAUGCUUUUGGAAUAUGGCCAGACUGCCCGGAAAAUUCGCACCAACCCAAAAGUUUUGUUUGUUUGUUUUGUGUUGCGUAGUGAUAGACACGCAUUUUAAUUUGCAUGUUCUGGUUGAGCGGAUUCUGCUCCUCUUUUAUGAAACUGAAACCUUUUGUGUUCAGUCCUGCAAGGCCUUCCAUCAGUCUUGAAUUUCAGGAUAUCUCAGCCAGCAUGGGGAAUGACAUGUGAUGAUGGCCAUUGUAGUCUCGGCCAUGGAUUUCUUGAUCAAGGAUACUCUGGUGGUCUUCAUUUUGGCUCAUCUUUAUCCCUUGGCUGUUGUUCUCAGGAGCGUAGUGGAUUUACACCUGGCUUACUACAGGUCUGCAGAAGUGGUUAGCUUACCUUUCUUAGCAACUAUUAAAUCCAGAAGAAGGGAGUGUAUCCUACUCACAGAACGUGUGCUUUGCCAUUACCGUAUAUACUUGAGUAUAAGCUGACCCGAAUAUAAGACGAGGCCCUAAUUUUGCCACAAAAACCUGGGAAAACUUAUUGACUCGAGUAUAAGUCGAGGGUGGUAAAUAUAGCAGCUACUGGUCAAUUUCAAAAUAAAAAUAGAUACCAAUAAAAUUACAUUAAUUGAGACAUCAGGACGUUAAAUAUUUUUUAAUAUUUACCAUAUUUCAAAGAAAAACAGGAAACUAGCUCUGUAGGUGGAAAAGUAGGGUCAACAAAACCAAUAUGGUAUCAACAAUAACAUCAUAAUAAUAAUAAUAAUAAUAAUAAUAAUAAUAAUAAUAAUAAUAAUAUCCAGGCCAGCUUCCAACAUAGUAACAGGCAAACAUUCAGUACCUAAAUAAACAAUGC